AUGGAAGAAUCUGUGGUUAAAUUAGAACCUUUUGAGUCCAGCUCUAGUGAAUCAGACUACCGAGAUGUUGAAGAAGAGAAUGUAGAGCCCAUAGCUAAAGAACAGCAACAUUUAGAAGAUAUUUCACACUUAGAUCCAUUAGUGACAGUCAACACAGGGAUGCAAAAACGACAGAGGAAGCAACCUGAACGGUAUGGAUAUGCUAAUAUAUGCACAAGCGUAGGAGAAGAUGGAAUGUCAUAUGCAGAGGCUAUCAGUGGGCCUGAGAAACAACAGUGGCUGCAGGCGAUGGCAGAGGAACUGCGGUCAUUCCAAGACAACAAUGCAUGGGAAGUUGUUGAUCGUCCAGAUAACAUUGCUCAACCUUAUCCAAAAUUUAAGAGUACCUUCAAAGCGUACAACGAUUCCAUCGUUUGUCCCCAAAUAAAAGAUGGUAUAUUUAUGGGCACACUAGAUUGUCUGCGACUAAAUAUAUUUGCUCCAACAUCAGCAAGUUUUCGGAACAGAUUGCCUAUUAUGGUCCUGAUCCAUGGCGGAGGAUUUAUAUUUGGCUAUUCCAGUAGAUACAGUUACGGUCCUAAACAUUUGGUAAGACACGACGUUAUCCUUGUCACGUUUAAUUACAGGCUUGGCCCGUAUGGAUUCAUGUGUUUAGACACACCAGGCGUCCCUGGAAAUCAAGGAUUGAAGGACCAGUUAUUACUAUUACGGUGGGUUAAAGCACAUAUAGCUUCGUUUGGAGGCGAUGUUAAUAAAAUUACGUUAAUUGGUGAAAGUUCAGGUAGCGUGUGCGCUGAAGCACAUCUUCUUUCUAAACAAGAAAAAUUAUAUACCAAACUCAUAUUAGAAAGUGGUGUUGUUGCAAAACCGGGUAUCAUUAUAGACUCAGAUCCAACAAUGCCGAUCAAAAUAAGUGAACGGAUGGGUUUUAAAACUAAAAAUGUAUCAGAAGCUUUGUCAUUUCUUACAAAAUCUGAUCCAAAAUGGGUAGUAACAACGUAUAAUGAGCAAAAGAUUACGUUAGGUAUUUGUAUAGAGAAGGAAUUUGAAAACGUAGAAAGCUUUCUGACUGAGCAUCCGUUAAACUUAGGAACACCCCAAGUCAAAGAAAUGCCGAUUUUAGCUGGGUAUAAUAACCGAGAAGGACUUAUGAUGGACGCGUUGAAGCCUUAUGAUUAUUUCAAAAAGGAAAACUUCCUUCGUGAUUCUCUUGAAAAAAUAUUUAAUUAUGACGAAUCUUUCAUCGAAAUGGAAAAAAUAGUUCAUCGUUUUUAUUUCGGAGAUAGAGAAAUAACUGACGAUUUUAGACAUAGGGUUAUCGAUUUUAUAUCAGAUUUUUACUUCAAUCAUCCCAUUCAGGGAACGUUAGACAAAUUGUAUAACUGUGGUGCUAACAUUUUUCAAUAUUUAUUUUCGUAUGAUGGUGGCAUAAAUUAUAUAAAAAAUAAAUACAAAAUUACAAGUGAAGGCGCAGCUCACGGCGAUGAACUGGAAUAUUUAUUUGUUCUGAAAGAGAAAACUGCAUGUUCUUCAAAUGAUCAAGUUAUGAUUGAUCGUAUGACAAAAUUAUGGACUAACUUUGCUAAGACUGGAGAUCCGACACCACACACUACUUCUCUACUUCCGGUUAAAUGGAUGCCUAUAACCGGAAAUAGUACAAACUAUUUGAAUAUCGAUUCAGAAUUAUCUAUGGACGUACGACCUUUCAAUGAUAGAUUAUCUUUUUGGGAGUUGUUCUUUAAAGCAAAUAAGAGAAAAUUGAAAGGGUAUCGAGAAAAUAUU